UUGCCAAGCAUGGCGGACGGCGUGCGGUGUUCGUGUUCGAAACCGGGCUGACCUUCCCCGUUUAGUGGCGCAGAAUCCUUGUUAGGACGUAGCUGCGUAGAGAACGAACGCAUCGAUGCUCGCUUUAGAUGAUCGGGGGCGAAAAGGACGACCUCGGGAACGUCGAUCAUAUGGUCGCCGGCGCGAUCAGCGGCUUCGUCACGCGUUUCCUGUGCCAGCCCUUCGACGUCGUGAAGAUUCGAUUCCAGCUCCAGCUGGAACCGAUCAAGGCGUCCCACCCGACGGCCAAGUACACGGGAGUAUGGCACGGGACGGUGCGCAUUCUACAGGAGGAAGGCGUCGCCGCAUUCUGGAAGGGGCAUGUGCCCGCUCAGAUGCUCUCCAUCGUCUACGGUGGAGUCCAGUUCUCCUCGUGGGAGUACCUGACGCGGCAGUUUGAGACGGGCCUGGGGUCCGACCGGUGGCAGCAUUGGCACAACAGCGUCAACUUCACUUGCGGCUUCGCAUCGGGCUGCAUCAGCACCGUUGUGGCACAACCUUUCGACGUCAUCCGCACCCGCCUCGUAGCGCAGAUGGAACCCAAGACGUACCGCUCCAUAGGGCAAGCGGUGAGCUGCAUGUGGCGGCAAGAGGGCCCGACGGCCUUCUACCGGGGCCUGCUGCCCACCCUUCUGCAGAUUGGGCCUCUGUCGGGAUUCCAGUUCGCCUUCUACCACUUCUUCGUCAACCUCUGGGAGCUGCUGCUCCACCCAGACAGCCAUGUUACUGGAGUGAGCCAGAGCGUGGCCUGCGGAGCACUUUCUGGCUUUAUGUCCAAGACACUCGUCUACCCUCUGGAUCUCAUCAAAAAGAGGCUGCAAGUGCAGGGCUUCACGGCGCAUGGCAUGCAGUUUGGCCGGUACACUGGCUUUGUUCACUGCGUACGCAGCAUCAUGAUGCAAGAAGGCUUGCAGGGCUACUUCAAGGGCUACUUGCCCAGCGCCCUCAAGUCCAUGGCCACCACUUCGUGCUACUUUGCCUCGUACGAGGCUGCCUGCGAGAUGCUCCGGCUGAGGCACGGAAUUCGCCAAGGAAAGCUUUCAGGGGGUGGUGACGAUUGAGCCUUCCAUAGACCUCUAGAAUACCCGGUUUUUCUUCAUUGUGGUGAAGUAUAGUAACUGUACCUACCACCCUCCUUUGCAUUUUCCAUUCUGCAUAGACCGUGCCAGCACUAAAAUGAGUGUUGUGUAAAUAGACCGCUGGCUUAUUGCAGUUCGAAUUUCACACAAACGUAAGUGUUUCAAAGUGCGUUCAGUUUAAUAAUUAUUUUGUUUGAAUGCGUUAUGUGUUUCAUUCACAGUAAAUCUGAAAUGUGUGCCUUCUGCGGCGCUGCAACUGAAAAAAAAGUGUGAAUUUGCCUCAGCACUAUGACAAUGCCAUCUUUCACACCUAAGGUGCAGCGUAGCUUUCAACAAGAUGGUCAUGAGUAAUAUAGAAUCAUUCUGUCACGAUGUGUGAUCAGUAACUGCACUUAUUCUAUAACCCUCAUAUCUCUUUAUGUAUGGUGAUGAAGUAUCGUUUGUAAACAAUUGAAUUUGUUUGCAUUGUAUGUGAAACCGGGAAUUUGUGAUUGUAGUUGUGUUAUUUUAGCGCUCAUUACUUGUUAUUGUUUUCUAUCGGUAUGCGCACGCUUCAGUUCUUAAAAACGCAUAGUACUAUAGGAGGCCUCAUUACAGUGGCUUCAUUUUGGGACCUCUUUCUAUCUUUACUUCUGUCUAGUGUACUUUCAUCGCACUGGGAAAUUGAAACCCCUCGUUAACAUUUAAAAGUGCAAUAAUUUUUUUUGGCACUGCCACAGACGAUACACGUUUCAACCUUGCUGUAUAUGAAACAGGCAAAUUAUGGUUGUAAAUACCGUACUACUAAACUGAACCCACUGCAGCACGCUACUUGUGAAUGAAUUUUUAGUGAAAUUCAGCUUCCACUUAGCUGUGCAGCUGGCACCUAUAUUUUCACAACACUCAGUAUACUUGUAGCACGUGUGUAAAACUUCGUUCAGGCAUUAUGCAACAUUAGGUCGGGACCCUCUGUUGCUACUUUCGUGUUGACGACCGGUGUGAAAUGUUUUCUAAAACUGCCACUAAGUUACAUUACCGGUAAACGUAAUGGCAGUAUGUUGAUUGUGUUGGGGCGAGUGAUAGUGCUUCUCUUUCCUUGUUGUGAUUGGUUUUUGAAUAUACCUAUAUUUUUUGUGUUGUAUGCAUUUAGAAGGUUCUACAUAGCUGAGAAACUCAAAGCCGUUGAGCCAUUUCCUUGUUCUUUGACUGGGCAUAAGAGAAGCUGCACGCUUCUAUUUGUGUUUAUGUUCCUGCAAGUCACUUGCAUUCAGAGAUCAAGCAGUUGAAACAUGUCUAGAAUGACUCUUUAGCACAUGUUACUCUUAGUUGUUUAGCGUUAGGAAUGCUUAUCCUUUUUUCUGUACUUGAAAAUAUGCAUGACAAAUAUUUAACUGUUGCACUUGCAGACAGUGCAGCUGUUUCUGAACUGCACACCUACGCCUCGUACUUUAAGAAUCAAGUCAAAGUUGCAUGCAACUGUGUAGUUUUUCAUAACAUAGCUGUGACUGUAUAGUGUUCACUCAAAACAUAGACUUCUUGUGCUGUAAUUGACCCUCGACCAUAGAAACUAUGAGCAAUCAAGGAAAAUUUAAUUGUGCUGUAUCUUACUAUAUCCUGUUAAUUGAACAUUGUUUCUUGCAUAUCUGAAGGAUUGGGUUUAUAAUCUUUUCUUUUUUCAACGUCCUUGUCAAAGACUGUGGUGAUAGAUCGAGAAGUGAGGUUAUGUUUGACAUAUUGAUAUGCAUCACACACUGUCACGGUGAUUUGUCUGUCAGUGUUUUGUUUCGAUAUUGUUGCGUAAUACUUAUGUAGACUCCGGAAGUCAGGGUUCACAUCACGGCAUUCUUCAUUUAUUUCUUAAGCACUCCUGUACACUGUCACACUAUGCUAAGCAUGGCUCGUUUGUCCAGCACUUUCCUGUAUUUAAAAUAUGUACGGUCGCACCAGAAUAUGCGGAACUUGGGUAUUUCGAAUUGUCUGUAUGGAACAGUUGUAACAUCCCCGUGGAAAUUGCAUGCAUAAAAUAUAGCACUUUCCUAUGCAAAUAUAAGAAAUGCUCACAACCACUCUUGAUAUAUCAAAUGCUACGCCAGACUACACCCUUGUGAGCACUCUUCUAGUUGUGGUACCGUUAUCACCCCUUCUGUAAUUAAAAAUAUGCAUGCUAACGAAACAAUACCGUAUUCGCAGAUUAUCUCAAACAAGGCAUUGAAUCUGAAGAAUAUGCCAUGACGAAAAAAAAAAAUUAGCAAGGUGCUGACCCCCAAAUCCCAAAUAUAGCUAGUAGCUCAUACCACAUCAUUUACGCUCCAUAAUGACGGAAUUGCUUUUGUAGGCUUUACUGCGACAUAUUCGUGCAAUGCUGUGAAGAGUAUUUAUGGAAAGAACUGCUGUGCAGUGAAGCUUACUACCCGAGGCCUGUAUUUCUUAUCACCAAUAUCCAAAAUACUUUGAGGUUUUAUGCAUCCAAGUUCAACUGCAUUGGUGUAGGCAGUUUCAGUUUCAUUUGUUGUGUUCUAGUUAUAAAUUCCCUUCAUUUUCCUGCUAUCUGAGAAAUAUGGAAGGGAGACUUUAUAUGUGUGCACACGUAACUAGACAACCAAACCAGGCUUUUGCUGCUGUCUUUCUGUAUAUUGGGUAUUGCAGAAAAACUGCACAUUACUGGUAAAGCUAUCAUCUGCAUGCUAGCAAGCUGUGCAUGUCUACAAUACCGUCAGGCCACAUCACGAGGCCUUGAAGUCACUCUGAUCUGUUGUACGUUAGGGCCAUGAAGCAGUUGAGAACAUGAACAUCUUCAGGAAGGCCUACGUGUGUUGCCAAAUUUAAGAUCGUAACGUGGGAGGCACCUGCAGUGCUUUUACGGGACAAUAUAUGUAGGGUACGUACUGGCCAGAAUAUUUAUUUAGGUUUCAUGAAUUUGUCAAUUUCAGUGGGUUGUACUGUCAGAAACUAUUUUUCGGGGUUUUUCGUGGAUGUACUUUGCGUAUCCUGUGAAUCUGAAGUAAAGUCUCUAGUUUGAAUUAUGUACCCAUGGUUGUAACCAGUUGUCAAUCUCGUGGCACUGUAGAAUUGCAUUUUGUUGUGCUCUCCCAUCAUCGCGUGGCAUAGUGGUAAAGAGUUCUUGUGUGUGUGUGUUCAUUGUUUUUCUAUGCAUUUGUUACUGCUUACUUAAGUAUUCACCAUAGCAAUAAAGGUCAGAGCCAUUUGUGUGGCUUUAAGUAGCCGGAGGUGCGGGUGACACCAGAUGAUAGACAAACCUCUUUGUUUGUUUUUUUUGUUAUUUUAAAGGCCGAGAAUAACAGGUUGUUUGCUCCGAUAAAUAAGGACAAAACAGGGAACACACGCUGUUAAUGUUUUCUUUGGGGGGCAAGAGCCUGAAUGAUUGCAGCGAUAAAUGCCGUCGUGUUGCAUAGAGCUAGACGUGUGUGAAAAGCAUCGGAAAUCUUGUUCGUGUUUCACAUGCCAGAGAGGCGUCCAGUCCGUGCAGUUUCUUUUUCUUCUUGACAAGGCUCUGUCACACAUGUACCAAAGAUCUGCUCACAUAUUUCGUGUUAUUCAGUCUCGGUGUGCUUGGCAUAACUGGCCGACUUUUGCCUUUUGCAAGUCUUUAUUCCUUUCUUUUUCUUUUGCAGCACUGACAAUAAGGUUCGCAUGUAGCUUGCGGCUGAGGUAUUUAAAACCCUUACCAUCCCACACAUGUUAACAGGCCAUCCAUUCAGGUGGUAAACACUGCAAAGAGGAAUGCCCCAUGUAAGCAGAAUGCCGAUUGUAAGGAGCGAAUGACGGACCUGGCAAAGGCGACUGAUAUCUCCACUUGCCUCAGAAUAAUGUUUAAAUCGUGUCUUCAAGUGCCCCGUUUCUUUUAGAGCCCUCCUGUCAGUCAACAUUGUUGGUGUGUGCAUGUCUUAACCCGACUCUUGUGCUAUUACCGUACUCAAUUGUGCUGCAAUCUUUUUAUCCAGUCUUAGUGUGUACGCUCAAAUUUCAUAGUACUCGCACAUCAGGCUCAUCUAGGUGACGUUGGAGAAAUACUUCACUCAAGCGAUAGAGCAUACAUGCACUGUUAGCUGGACUAGUGGAUGUAGGUCUAGUGCAGCCACAUUAAACUGUGAUAGCAUGUAUGCAUACAGGUAGCAGCAGACGCUGUACAGGCUAGGCUCUUUGUGUUGUCGAGGUCAGUUUGAGUGACCCUCGUCCAAUACAAGAAGCUUCUAUGUAACCAAAACAUUGUUGUAAUAAAUGCUUGGAGCAAUGUUGUUUGUUUUCAA